CUUCUCUAACAACGAACGAGUACUCGCGAUUCUUUGUCCGUCCGUCGUAGAGCAUGUCGAUGCGGAGGACAUUAUGGAAGAGCCUGCAUUGUACCAAUAAUGUCCUCAACCUUUCCCAACCCAUCCAAAGACUCCCUCGAACCUCCCUCCGCAGCUACAACAGUGUCAGUGGCAUUGUGAAUGCGGCAGACCUCUCCUUCGGCCAACCUGUCCACGAGACGCAUCCUCACAUCCUACAGCCGGGAGAACUGACUCCAGGCAUAUCAGCCCAAGAAUAUGCCGACCGACGUACCAAAUUGGCGGCGAAGUUGCCCGACAAUGCCAUCGCAAUAGUCGCCGCGUCCGACAUCCAUUUCCGCUCCGGCAGCGUCUUCUACGAGUUCCACCAAGACCCGGAUUUUUUCUAUCUGACCGGGUUCAAUGAACCAGAGGCUCUUGCCGUGAUCGGAAAGGACUCUACCGGAACGGACCACACGUUCCAUCUGUACGUGCGAGAGAAAGAUGCCAAGGCAGAGAUUUGGGAUGGCGCAAGAUCAGGCACGCAGGCUGCGAGGGACGUUUUCAACGCGGACGAGACUGGGGAUAUAAGCCGGGUAAAGACGAUUCUACCGGAGCUCGUCGGCUCUGCGACGUCCGGGGUGUACACGGACAUCAUGACGCCGGACUCAUCGACAACUACUCAGUCCGCGUUGCGUCGAUUCCUCCACGGCAAACCUCGAAGAACCACGGAGUUUGCGGAUCUCUUGCAGUCGCAGUCGAGCAAGAUCAACCGCCUCCGACCCAUCAUGAAUGACCUACGAGCCUUCAAGAGUCCCGCCGAGAUUGAAGUCAUGAGGAGAGCAGGGAAGGCGUCCGGUCGAGCACACACCGAGGCGAUGCGCAAGGCGUGGACACGGGAGAAGCAACUCGACGCGUACUUGAGGUACCAAUUUGUCAUGCAGGGGUGCGACACCAGUGCGUUCGAACCCGUCGUGGCGGGCGGCAAGAACGCGCUGAGUAUACAUUACGUCCGCAACGACGACGUCCUCCAGGACGACGAGAUGGUGUUGGUCGACGGAGGCGGCAAGUACGGGGGUUACAUCGCCGACAUCACGCGCACGUGGCCCGUAAACGGAAAAUUCAGUGACGCCCAGAGAGAUCUGUACCAGGCCGUGUUGAACGUUCAGCGUUCGCUGAUUUCCUUGUGUCGGGGUAGCUCGAACAUGUCGCUGGACAAGCUCCACAGCAUCGCCGAGGAUUCCCUGUCGAAUGAACUGAGGCAGAUUGGGUUCGACAUGUCUUCUUCAUCAAAGACGGCAAUUGAGAAGCUCUUCCCACAUCAUCUGAGCCACUACAUCGGCAUGGACGUGCAUGAUACGGUCGGGUACACUAGAAAGACUGUCUUGCAAGAGGGACAUUGUAUUACUAUCGAACCUGGGAUUUAUGUCCCCGACGACGAACGAUGGCCGAAGCAUUUCAGAAACAUGGGCGUGAGGAUCGAGGACAGCGUUUGUGUGCAAGAGGACAGUCCUUUUGUUCUCACCACCGAGGCUGUCAAGGAAGUUGUUGAUAUUGAGGCACUGAGAGAUUGAGAUUGAGAUUGAGAUUGAGAUCGAUCAUCUUUUGGUUCACAGUUUUAAUGUACUCGGUAAGGAGUACCUGUGACAGGCAAGGUGUGAGAUUGUAAGAGUAAAGGAAAGAUGACUGAUAGCAUAAUCAUUCAGAUCCAUUGUAAAUUUUUCCAAUGGUUGCCUCUGAGGCAUUUGACUCUUCCAGACUGUUUCUGCUUAUAUUUGGUGGAUG